AUGGAUGACAGACUGCCUUCCUUAACUAUGUCGUCAAGUGGAAGAACAUGUGCCCGGGCACCGACAUAUGAUCAGUUUAUUAUGCUUUUGCUGAUGGAAAAGUUGAUAUCUAUACGCACGUCGCAACAGAAUAAAACCCUUUCUCUCUCUCUCUCUCUCUUUCUCUCUCUCACUCACUUUCUCUCUCUCUCUUUCUUCAACUUUUCAGCGGGGUCGCUAUCUCUAAAGUAUAAAUACUUGAGAAAACCCUUUCUCUCUCUCUCUCUUUCUCUCUCUCACUCUCUCUCUCUCUUUCUCUCUCUCACUCUCUCUCUCUCUCUCUUUCUUCAACUUUUCAGCGAUCACUACGACUAUGGGUCGCUAUCUCUAAAGUAUAAAUACUUGAGAAAACCCUUUCUCUCUCUCUCUCUCUCUCUCUCUCUCACUCACACACUCUCUCUCUCUCUUUCUUCAACUUUUCAGCGUGGGAAAAUUAGCCUUACUACUUUCUAUUACUUUUCUCCGUGGUUUUCUUGCUAUCGCCUCCCCGUGAAUCACUCAGCCUCUCCCCGUAUCCAUCAGUUUACUUUUCCGUGUCGUAUCUUUUCACUUGUUUCGUUUCUAGUCAAGGGCAAACAUUCUGUGUGA